AUGCAGCCAGGUGGAGCUGCGAUCCAGAACCCCAACAGCAGGGAGCACCCCAAGGAGAAGGGCCAGCCUCCUUCCAAGUCAGCCCCCCAGAGCAGGUGCCGUGGUUCUUCAAAGCUCACUUCGGGGACCCAGCACCGAGCCCUGUGGCCAGCGUGGCGUCUGCGGGCCCCUGCUCUGACUCGGCGGAGCCCAGGUGACACGCAGAAGACCUACCGCAAAGCCAGCCACGGGCCUGGAGGCCGCGCGGGCGCUGGCGCGCGCCGUUCGGCUGACCUAGGCCUCAAGGGCGCCCGACGACAGCUGUGCGGGCGGUCCCGGCGCGGGGGCCAGGCCCGCAGUAAAUCCGAUCUACCAAACGGCGCUCCGGGAGCACGUGUCCGUUCUACGCUGUUCGACAUGUCCCGCAUUGCUCACUCUGCCCACGAGGGGGCGCGUGUCCGUUCUGCACUGCUCCGCAUGUCCACCAGGGGGCUGCAAGGCUCACAGGUACCCCGGAUCAGUACUGUCCAGAUCCCCAACCCCGGGGAGGGCACUGCCCCCCGCCACCGACGCUACUGCCCGUUCCGGGUGCGGUUUGAGGAUGAGACCCUGCGAGACUCAGAGCGCAGAUACUGGGAGCGGAACUGUGCGGUCCACAGGAACAUCUUCGAGGACGAGCCAAGCACGCUUCCAGAAGGUUCUGUGCCGGAGCGGGUGUUGCGGAACGUGGGGAAGUGGCUGGAGAGUCUGCCCAAGGCCGUGUACCCCAGGCUCAAAGAAGCCAUGGGCAGCAGCAGCUCGUCCUGGGAGCGCACUGGCGUAGCCAGCACGUCCAGACCGCGGGGGGACUACAAAACCUUCCUGGACGCCUACGGCACCCUGGGCCGGAGGUCCCCAGCACCCUGCUCCUGCACCCACAAGCAGGAGCCCUUCCUGCCCAGCUUGGUGCUUCAGUCUCUCCUGAGGCGCGGCCGGCUGUAGGGCGGCGCGGGCAGCGCGG